CUGCUUCACUCACAUACAUACAUUUUUACGUCAAACUCAAAUACAAAAGUAAAUGUUUUGAUUUUUAUUGUAAUUAAUCUAUCUAGUAAAACAUCAAAUGAAACGCUUGAAAAGAACCUUGAACGGGCAAUAGUGCCCGUGGUAAUAUGGGUUCCUAAUUGUAAUGUUUAGUGAGGGACGUGUGAACUAUGCUAGAUGUUAAAUCGAGGCAGAUGCAGUAAGAUGCCUUGCGAGAGUUGUGCUGUGCAGUUCAGCGUGUUUAAGCGCAAGCAGGUGUGCUAUGAAUGCGAAAGGUAUUACUGCAGCGGUUGCCUUCGACGCGAAGGCACUUCCGUUCUAUGUACAGCUUGCAAAGUGCUGUCAACCAGACCACUGCUCCGUAACAGCAUAGCACACCUGAAGGUUCGAGAUCUACAGUGCUUCCUGCAGCGACAAAACGUUUCUACCAGGGGAUGUGUGGAGAAAGAAGAGUUGGUGAGUCUGUGUGUGUCCCAUGUGAACAGUGCGGCGUUCCGGAGGCGGGGGCCGCGCGCGCGUCCCUCGCCCUUCAGCACGCUGAAGGGGUUCACCAACAACCUCAAUGUGUUCAUCAAUAAUGCCUUCGAGAUAAGAAACAAUGCACAGCCAGCACCAGCACCACCACAACAUAGUAAUUGCUAUAAUGCCAGCCACGCGCAUGCGCCGCGCCCCUCCGCGCCGCAGCCGCAGUCGCAGCGGCCGGCGCCCGACCCACCGAGGGAAAGAUUCACUACUACUCCAGGCGGCGAAAGGGAUAUCGUAGUGCCGGUGCCGGCGCCGGGAAGCCUCACGCGAACUCCCUCCGCAGACGGGUCUGGGGCUCGCGUGGAGUCGGCCGACUGCUUCGAGAUAGAAGACCUCGACGACAGCGGCUGGGAGUUUGUGGCGCGACCCGCCGACCCGCUGCCCGACGAUUCGGACGUGCUAAUAGCUGAGAACCAAGCACCUACGGCCACUCCUCCCCCCGCACCCGUUCCCCCCUCCGCCCCCAGUAGCCCUCCCCGCGCGGGGGGCCUCACCCCCCUGGGUGGGGUGGGCGGGGUGGGCAGCCAGCAUCGAGCCACGUCGGAGCUGGAGCUGCGGCCUCGGGAAGCCCCGCCUGAAGCGGACUCGCUUAGUUUGCAUGACGAACCGGAUAACGGACCAGACGCGGACGAGCCGGUGACUCUGGACAGGCUCCAGUCCGCAUCGCAGCUGGAGUUGCUGAGCGUGCGGCAACUGAAGCAGCUGCUGGCCCGCAACCGCGUCGCCUACCGCGGCUGCCUCGAGCGAUCCGACCUGCUGCACCGCGCCCGCACUCUGUACGCGGACCACGCGCACUACCGCGCAGAGGUGGACAACUUGCCACUUGAAGAGUGCUGCAAAAUCUGCAUGGCAGCGCCGUUAGAGUGUGUACUGCUGGAAUGUGGUCAUAUCGCCGCCUGCACCGCCUGCAGCCGGCAACUAGCCGAGUGUCCUAUAUGCAGGCAGUACGUGGUGCGGGCCGUGAGGUGCUUCCGGUCAUAGGUAUGUGCCGACAUAUAUAUAGAUAUAUAGCACCGCCUGCGGCCGGCAACUAGCCGAGUGUCCUAUAUGCAGGCAGUACGUGGUGCGGGCCGUGAGGUGCUUCCGGUCAUAGACUAGCUGACCCAGCGAACUUCGUACCGUCCUAAAAAAAUAGGGGUUGUCCAGCGGACAAAAUUGUGAAUCUAAACCAUUCUCAGAUCCCCUUGAACACACACAAAAAAUUUCAUCAAAAUCGGUCCAGUCGUUUAAGAGAAGUUCAGUGACAUACACACUCACAGAAGAAUUAUAUAUAUAAAGAUAUAGCACCGCCUGCGGCCGGC